GCUCAAGGAAUUCACACCUGUAAGAAAUGAAAUGGCUGAUUGAAUGGGCGCGUCUUUCCAAAGGACUAUGUGGUGGCUGCAUGCUGGCGGUGAACGUUAACUUCACGGAGGCAACAUGAUACACCAUCACUGGGAGAACUGUCCCCAGCAUCAAGACUUCACCAUGCGCACCAUCCAGACUAUAGAAAACCACAUCCCUGUGCUGAGGGAGAGCAUUGUCAGGACUCCUUUCACAGGGAGAACUGUGUGCCUGUUCAAUACGAGUACAAACAGACACAAUCCCCAUCAGACUCCCCGUCACAGCCCCUAUAACAGCCAGACUCCCCGUCACAGCCCCUAUAACAGCCAGACUCCCCGUCACAGCCCCUAUAACAGCCAGACUCCCUGUCACAGCCCCUAUAACAGCCAGACUCCCUGUCACAGCCCCUAUAAUGGCAACACUCCCAGCCGCACUCCCCUUCACAGCCCCUGCCGCAGCCAGACUCCCUGCCGCAGCCCCUAUAACAGACACACUCUCCGCUAUAGUCCUUAUAACACCCGUUCUCCCCGCCAGACUCUCUGUCACAGCAACCACCUCUCCCUAGAGCCCCACCAGUACCCAACUCACCAGCCAUGGUUUUCUCUACCCCUGGCAAGGAGGCAGCCGGCGGAGACCUCUUCUACUGUUGUUUCUGAAGGCUGUUUCUCUUCCUCCUGCCCUGCUAGGCUCAGCACAUUAUGCAGAGCAGCAGAUGGAGAGGAGGAGAGUGAGACGGGAGAGAGAGAGCAGGUGCACGCGCAUGGAAAGAGGCUGAAGGGAGGAGGGAAGCAGCGAGAAAUCGAGCAGGGAGGGGAGGGAGAAGAGAAGGGAGAUAUCUCACUGGCGCAGGGAGGGGAGGGAGAAGAGAAGGGAGAUAUCGCACUGGCGCAGGGAGGAGGAGAGCGAGAGCAGGCGUACGUAGUCUUCACAUCAUCAGCAGUGCUCCUCUCAUCGUCACGGGAAAGCAGCAUCACAGCCUCGCAGCAGCUACGCAGACGUAGACGGAGGAGCAGCAGAGAAAAUGGCAGCUGUUUUCAAAGACAUGGCCUGAGUCUCGGCGCCAGACAGAAGUGGAGGCUGAGAUUCAGCAUCAUGGGGAACCAGGAGGGGAAGCAGAAGAAGGGGAAAGAGGGGGACGGACAGGACGCAGCAGAACAUACCACCGGGGAGCCCCGUCACGCUGACGGCACAAACAAAGGAUUUCACCACGGCAAGAAAUCCCACGGAAAACAUGGCAAAGGAGGAGGAGAGGAGAAGAAGAAUAAGAAGGAGUCUAAAUCCUCUGUGUUCUCUAUCAGGAAGAGGAAGAAUCUAAAGGGGAAGGGAUCGACAGGGGGAUCCAGGGAGGAUGUGUUGUCGUCUCAGAACGAGCUGGACUCCGCUCACUCUGCUCACACCAAAACACCAGAUCUCUCUCUGUCAGCUGACGAGCUGGGCCAAUCUGACACCGAGGGACCAGCAGCGCCUUGUGAUGGGCAUGGUGCUAGGAGUCAUGGUUGUAUCACUGGGGAGAGCCGGCAGCCCACGGGGGAGAGCCGGCAGCCCACGGGGGAGAGCCGGCAGCCCACGGGGGAGAGCCGGCAGCCCACGGGGGCGACCGCGGACACUGUUCCAGACCAGCAGGGGGAGGUUGAACAGAGAAAGAGGAGCAGCUCUGGUUCAGACCCGGACAUCUAUAGCUUUCACUCAGCUGCAGAACAAGAGGACCUGCUAGCCGACAUCCAGCAGGCUAUUAGACUACAGCAGGGGGUGAUUAUCUCCACCGCUGAGCUGAGUGAAGAGCUGGGUUGGGGAGGAGGGUGGAGGAAACAGAGGUCUGACGAGGUUAUAACUACCCCCAGUCCCACUGAACAAGCCCCCCCACCGGAGCCUCUCGCUGCCCCAGAGGCAGCCCCCGUCACUGGCCGGGAGAAUGGCCUGCUUUCUAAACGGUCUCUGGAUGGGGAGGAGGAGGAGGAGGAGAGGGGAGCUACCACUGCUACAGAGGAACUCAACUGGGAGCUGAGAGGGGCUGAAACAGAACCAGCCCUUUGUGCCUCCUCCUCUUUCUCUGGGACAAAGGAGCAGGAGGAGGAGCAGGCGGAGGAGGCAUUGAACUGCCAGGAGGUUAACGGUAACACUCAGCCCCUCUCUCAGCCCCCCACUGCCCAGACGAACGGCCAUGUUACCAAGACAACCAGCGCUACCAGCUUCCCAGACCUCACAGCCUCCUUUGAGAGUGCUGUGGAGUCUCCCCUCAGAGAGGACAAGGAGGUGUUGGAGGAGGUGGAGGAAGGGGAGGAGGAGGAGGAGAAUGACCUGGACAUGCCUCCCCUGUCAGCCGAGAGCCUUAGUCACAGUGAUGCGACCACGAGCCACGAGGACAUAGACCUGAGCUCUGGCAAUGCCUCCGAGGAAGAGGGGAGGGUGGGGGACUGGGUGGGGGCAGGGGUGGGGGCUGCAGUCAGUGUUGAGUCCCUGGAGUGUCUUAGCAGGGGGGAUCUGAGGUGCUCUGAGCCUGCCGACGACCCUCUGAUCACCCAGAGAAGGAAGAGCAGCGUGUCCUUCUCCCCUUGGCCCUCUCAGGAGAGCCCUAGCCUGGCCAUGCGUCUCCUCAAGUCCACCCUGACCUCCACCCUUCCAUCCUACAACCACUCUUCCUCAGGCACCAGCCCCACAGUCAAACCCUACCCUCCCAUUUACCCUUCUUACAUCAAGACCACCACCAGGCAACUCUCUGGCUCCCCAGGCACCUCGCCCUCACGGAGCCCCUUGUUCCGCCAGCGCUGCCACGACCUGGGACAUCGCACAGAGAAGUGGAGGGUUAGACGACAGCGCUCCCACAGCAUCGCAGGUCCCCUCAGCUGGUCCGCGGACUGGACCGAGGAGCUGGACAGGGAGCGCCCCAUCAAGGCAGGAUCAGCAGACUACCUGGAGGGGUACGGAGGGUCUGAGGACAGACUGAGAGGGGGCAGUCAGCCCCUGUGUGCCACGCGGAGAUCCUCCGCCGGACACGUGUCUACCUGUAGCUUCCACGACAUCUUCACCGGUCGUACUCUCCUAGAGAAGUUGUUCCUACAACAGGAAGAUGCCCAGCCAGAGGAAGCUGAGAAGCUGUGUUCUCGGAUUCUGGCCAUGGGUCUGUUACUACCCUUCACUGACUGCUUCAGAGACACAAUAGGAGGGUCCAACCCACAACUCGCUGCGCCAUGCAAGUUCCACCAAGACCAGCUGUACACGUGGGCAGCGGUCAGCCAGCCCCCCCACUCCAUGGAACACUUUGAGGGCCGGGCCCCCCUCCCUGGGCACCUGAAGACCCUGUGGCCCCCACCCAGACCUGUGGGAGACGAUAGACCAGGCCUCAUGUACACCGAGGAGGAGGGCGAUGAAGAACACCAGGCAGCCAUCUUGGGUCUGAAGAGACAUCAGAGAGAAGAAGUCGGCCAACUUCAGGAGGAAUCAGUGCUGAAAACAGUGAAGCUGAAAGAGGAGCACGUCAAUGUGAUCCAACAGUUAGAACAGACCAUUGAGGACCUGCGGACUAAGAUAGCUGAGCUGGAGGAACAGCACCCCCUGCUGGACAGAGAUAUUAUUAGCAUUAAGGAGCCGGAGGCUGGUGUGGAGGGGGGUCUGUACCGGGAGGUCUGUCAUGUAGACCUACAGACUGAGGAGAGGAUGGUGAAGGAGGUCUGUCAUGUAGACCUACAGACUGAAGAGAGGAUGGUGAAGGAGGUCUGUCAUGUAGACCUACAGACUGAAGAGAGGAUAGUGAAGGAGGUUUGUCAUGUAGACCUACAGACUGAAGAGAGGAUAGUGAAGGAGGUCUGUCAUGUAGACCAACAGACUGACUGUCUCCUGAGUUGUCUGGAGGCCAAGUCUGUCCAGACGUCGCCUAUGGAGGAAAGCUAUAAGUUUAAAGUGCCUUUACCGGACCAGAUGCCACACUUGUUUGUGAACGAGGCUGGAGGAGAGUCCUCUUUGUCUUCCUCCUGUCCCCUGAAACUCCCCCCAGAACUGGCCCUGUCCCUACCCAUACCCUUCUCCCCCAAGGUCGCACCAGCAUUUGUCUGUACGUGCCAACAGCAGCAGAGUGGCAUUAAACCCCCCCCACCACCUCCUUUACCUGGUCACUCCAUGGCUCCUCCUCCACCACCACCUCUACCAGGGGGUGCAAUGCCCCCACCACCUCCUCCACCUCCUCUACCAGGGGGUGCAAUGCCUCCACCACCUCCUCCACCUCCUCUACCAGGGGGUGCAAUGCCCCCACCACCUCCCCCACCUCCUCUACCAGGGGGUGCAAUGCCCCCACCACCUCCUCUACCAGGGGGUGCAAUGCCCCCACCACCUCCUCUACCAGGGGGUGCAAUGCCCCCACCACCUCCUCCACCUCCUCUACCAGGGGGUGCAAUGCCCCCACCACCUCCUCCACCUCCUCUACCAGGGGGUGCAAUGCCCCCACCACCCCCUCCUCUCCCUGGCAUGGGGAUGGCACCUCCACCCCCUCCCUUACCUGGGAUGAUGGGGAUGGGCCCUCCCCCACCCCCUCCACCAUUACCUGGGAUGGGAGGACCUCCUCCUCCUCCUCCUCCUCCUGGCUGUGGCCCUCCUCCAUGUGCCCUGGGCUCCCUGGUCCCUCCGUUGCCCAUGGGACUGUAUACCCUAGGCAUGGCCCAGGAGAAACCUCCCCGGAAAGGAGUGGUGGAGCCCCCCAGACCCAUGAAACCUCUCUACUGGACCAGGAUACAGCUCAACUCAGCUCAACACAAAAAAGAGGUGAGCACGUCGCUGGUCUGGGACAAGAUACAGGAGCCUGAUGUGAACUUUGAGGAGUUCGUAGAGCUGUUCUCCAAGACUGCUGUGAAGGAGAAGAAGAAACCCCUGUCAGAUACCAUCACCAAGUCUAAAGCCAAACAGGUGGUCAAAUUGCUGAACAACAAGCGUUCUCAGGCGGUGGGGAUUCUGAUGUCCAGUCUGCAUCUGGACAUGAAGGACAUCCAGCAUGCCAUCCUGAACCUGGACAAUACUGUGGUGGAUCUGGAGACUCUACAAGCCCUCUAUGAAAACAGAGCACAACAGGAUGAGAUGGAGAAAAUCGAUAAGCACAUCAAGUCAUCUAAAGACAAGGACAACGCCAAACCACUGGACAAACCUGAGCAGUUCCUGUUCCAGUUACAUCAGAUCCCCAACUUCUCAGGACGGGUGUUCUGUAUCCUGUUUCAGUCCACCUUCUCUGAAUGGCUCUCCUCUAUCCUGCGCAAACUGGACAUCCUGCAGAGAGUGUGCACGACCUUGCAGAGUGGCCAGUGUGUGAUGCAGGUGCUGGGUCUGGUCCUGGCCUUUGGUAACUUCAUGAAUGGUGGCAACCGAACCAGAGGACAGGCUGACGGCUUUAACCUGGAUAUCCUGCCCAAGCUGAAGGAUGUGAAGAGCAGUGAUAACACACGGAGCCUGUUGUCCUACAUAGUGGCUUACUAUCUGAGGCACUUUGACGAGGAUGCUGGCAGGGAGACGUGCCUCUACCCUCUCCCUGAGCCCCAGGAUCUGUUCCAGGCUUCACAGAUGAAGUUUGAGGACUUUCAGAAGGAUCUGACCAGGCUGAAGAAGGACCUUCGAGCGUGCAACACAGAGGUGGAGAAGGUGUGUAAAGUGUCGUCUGAAGAUCACCUACAGCCCUUCAAGGACAAGAUGGAGGAAUUCCUCAGCCAAGCUAAAUCUGACCUGGAGGUCCAGGAGACGCAGCUCAGUGACACUCACAAGUUGUUCCUGGAGUUGACGGUGUUCUACCAGGUGAAGGCUAAGAUGGGAGAGAAGGAGGUUUCCCCCCACACCUUCUUCUCCGUGUGGCACGACUUCUCCUCCGACUUUAAAGACCUGUGGAAGAAGGAGAACAAGAUGAUCCUACAGGAAAGACUGAAGAAGGCAGAGGAGUGCUUCAGACAAGCCAAGGAGAAGGCUACCUACAGUGUCAAACCCAAGCAUGCUUCGGGAAUCAAAGCCAAGCUGGGCAUGAAGAUUUAAGACCGGUGGACGUCUACGUUUACUGUAGAGAGAGACGAGGAACAACCACAUUGGACUGCAUGUACUACUACAGAUGAAUCACUUAGGCUUUAGAACAAGAACCAAAAUGACACACUAUUCCCUAUGUAGGGCACUACUUUAGACCAGUGUCCCAUAGGGCUCUAGUCUAAAGUAGUGCACUACAUAGGGAAUAGGGUGCCGUUUGGGACACUAGAUACUGCUUUUUAUUUUUUGACUCCAAGCAGCUGUCAGUCUGUCCGUCUCCCGGUCCUCCUGCCUGCUCUAUGGGACCGACUAUGCAGGCUUCUGUUAUUAGCUCAUCAGACACACAAACAUCAACAUCCAAUCAUAAAGAAGAGGGAAGCACCAUGGGGUCAGAGAUCACAGGAUGUCAUUAUACCAGAACUAUAUUUAUAGGAUGACUUCCACAGGGAAGUAUACUAAAGCAUACCUACUGUAGAGGUACUUGGAGCCAUCUUCUCCACAGUCCUACUCCAUACUGUAGAAGUACCUGGAGCCAUCUUCUCCAGUCCUACUUCCUACUGUUGAGAUACCUGGAGCCAUCUUCUUCACAGUCCUACCCCCUACUGUAGAGGUACUUGGAGCCAUUUUCUCCACAGUCAUACCCCCUACUGUUGAGAUACCUGGAGCCAUCUUCUCCAGUCCUACUUCCUACUGGUGAGAUACCUAGAGCCAUCUUCUCCAGUCCUACCCCCUACUGUAGAGGUCCCUGGAGCCAUCUUCUCCAGUCAUACCCUCUACUGUUGAGAUACCUCGAGCCAUCUUCUCCACAGUCCUACCCCCUACUGUUAAGAUACUUUGAGCCAUCUUCUCCAGUCCUACCCCCUACUGUUGAGAUACCUCGAGCCAUCUUCUCCAGUCAUACCCCCUACUGUUGAGAUACCUCGAGCCAUCUUCUUCACAGUCCUACCCCCUACUGUUGAGAUACCUCGAGCCAUCUUCUCCAGUCAUACCCCCUACAGUACUGAUCUGAAAUGCCAAACAUGUUACCUAUUCAAGCUUACUGUAUACCAUGACGAGAUGUGUUUUCCAAAGCAAUAUAAAUGUGUAUUCGGCUCACUGAAACAGUGAUUGGGUACAUCUUAAAACACAACCUCAUUGGACGUGACAGAACGUGAAGAAGGAAAACGAACACAGCCGUUGUCCAGGAUACAUCCCAAAUGGCACCCUAUUCCCAUUAUAGUACACUACUGUUGACCAGGACCCAGGCACCCUAUUCCCUAUAUAGUACACUACUGUUGACCAGGGACCAUGCACCCUAUUCCCUAUAUAGUACACUACUUUUUACCAGGGCCCAUGCACCCUAUUCCCUAUAUAGUGCACUACUGUUGAACAGGGCCCAUGCACCCUAUUCCCUAUAUAGUACACUACUGUUGACCAGGACCUAUGCACUAUAUAGUGUUCCAUUUGGGAUGCAGUCUCUGACAGGUCACCGUCAACAUGUUGAUGUUCGGUGUUGUUGGUUUUAGGCCGUUGAUCCCUUAGAGUAAAUCACCCUUCUUAAUCCCAAAUGGAUGGCAGCAACCAGUCGCCUGAAUGUUCUCAACAUGCAUUUGAAAUUAAACGUGGUAUUGGGGGGGGGGGGGUCAAAAAACGAAAGAGCGUUACCCAUGUUCUUUAGUCCAAGUCAAUAAUGGAUCAGCUUAGCUGGGUGUUCUUACAGCAACAUAAUAACCUUGAAUAAUGGCCUGUGUCCCAAACUGCUCCCUAUUCCCUAUUUAGUACCGUACUUUGGAUUAGGGCCCAUAGUAGUGGUCUAUAUAGGGAGCCGUUUAGCAUACAGACAUGAUGUCCAACGUUGAGCUCAACUAGAUUGUGUCCGACAGAGAAGAGCUCUCUGUAUCCUUCCUGACCAGUAGAGAGGUUUACCCACAGAAGCUCUUAUCUGAUCACUGUUCACUCAGUCUAGAAGACCAGCUGUAGAAUAGACUUCUGGCAUGUUUCACUCACUUAACAAUAAAAACAUCACUUCAAAGACAUAUUUCUACUCUUUAUCGAGGAAAAAUAUAUGCCAAUUUUUGUGUAAAAAACUGUAAAUGUUUAACUUAUUCCCGUUUCAUUUAUCUGAAGUGAUAUCCAUGUGACUCGGUAAGAAGACAUUUCUAAUGUAUGUGAGGACAGAGAGGGUUAUGGGAAAUGUAGUCUGUUGGUUUGACAAACAUUUUGUUAAUGUAAGAUAGUGAACAGUCCUAAAGGCCUUGUUCAUUUACAUUGAAAAGUGCAUUCAAAUGAUUGACUUGAUUACUAAAAAUAAUAUAUUUAAAAUGCUUUUAUCAAUGUAAGGUAGUAUUGUAUUCUUUGUGUAACAUAUUUUUGUAAAGAUUUUUAUUUUCUGUCCCGCAGUUAAAUCAUCAUCCUGGAGUUGUUGGAUAACGGUUUAUUAUUGUCAAAUGUUGUUAGUAUGUUACUGGAUCUCUGCUUGUUUCUGGGAGCAGCAAUGUCAUUUAUCUACAAUAAAAAUGAAUAAAUUCAG